GUGGUCAUGAGCUUAGCAAAAGCACUGGAAAUGCUGGUGGAAGGGUUGCAUGUGGCGUUAUCGGUCUGCAAGGAUAAGUUACUUGAUCUGCAUUUUCAGGGUAAGUUUGUGAUGUGAGAGGGCCUAUGUACCACAAGUCAACGGCAUGUUUCCUUUUCUAAGUUUGUAGGAAAACAUCAGCGCGAUUGCUAAAUAAGAAAGAAUGUAGUUUUUGGACCCGCAUGCUGUAGCAUUUGUUGUGCUGUCACCUUCUAUAUAUGUUGUUCCUAGGCAAGUAUAUUGUAUGAUUACCACUCGGCAAAGGUUGCAUUUUGUCACUCAGUUAGCAAGCUUCGUUGUCUCGUAUUGGAUCUGAUAUCAGUAUUAUUUUAUUACGAUAGAGACACCAAAAUGUACGUACGUCCGAUAUGGUAUAGCAUCAAUCGAUAUGCCAAGUUUUGGCUUUUUUUCUUUUUUUCUUUUUUUUUUUUUGCGUCAGCGGCUGGUUGUUGAGCUCAUCCAUUUACUUUUUGUAAAAAAGAUGGGUAUGCGGAACUAUACAUUAAACAGUAUAAACUCUGGUGUGUGUGAAGUAGCUAAACGGCGCGAACACGGGUCGCUUUUUGUCGGCAGAUCUCCAUCCUGGUUUGGUGAUGUUCCUAGCUUGUUCCCAGAGAGUGCCCGGCGGCAGGUGGGACCCAAUAAGUCUUCCUACUGGACAUUGCAUCAAGCCAUGCUGGGGCCUUCUAUUUAAGCUUGCUAAUUCCCAUUAUUUUUGGUUGUGGCGUAUGAGGGUUGACUGCUUUGAACCGUGGAUCUUCGGUUACGUGCCUUCCAAAACUACGGUCUCACUAGCGGUACGGAUUUUAAAACAACCAGCGGUAUGGUGGAAGUUACAUGGCAUGCUUUGGUUGGCAGGAUUGAUCGUCAAUUAAUAGAGAUAUCAGGGGCACAUCAUUUCUAUCAUUACGAACACAAAUUGGCUAAGCUUUAUCUAUUUAGCUUUCGGUGCUUGUCUGAGAGGUUGUUCUUUUCAUUAUAAUUUGUUGAAAGAGAGAAUGUAUUGCCCCUAUUUGGUAAUGAGAGGGCAUUUAUCACAA